UCCGCGCGGCCGAUUUGUCUCUAGGGAACACAGCUGUUUGGGCAACACAGAGUGCAAAACAAAGAUUAUUCUCACAGACUAACCACUAGGUGAGAGCGAUACGCUAACAACAGCUCUCCUCUCAGGGUCUGCCAGGUGACUCGCUGAGGAAGUGGAUUCCUGGGAAAGAGGUUUUGGGGUUGGGCCUGGCCUCAAAAAAACAGGCCUUGUGACUGCAUAGACUGUUACCCUUUACAACUGUAGCUGUCCAGUGAUCACAUGACUGAGGCCGGGGACAUGGUCCUCCCCCCGCAGAGGAAUGUUUCACAUACAUGCUGCCUGCUUCAGUGACCCCAAAGGUCCUCCGAUGAGCAGAGGGUGUCGGCCCAAAUUAGUUUCUCAACAUCCUGUCGCACAUAACAGUAUACGUGGGCUGAACACACUUAAUUAGAAGGUGUUUCAUUUGAAUCCGUUUCCCGGCUCACGUCUUUGCUCUUGAGUCGAGCCCUAAAGGUGACACGUUUCCCCUCUUUUUUCGUUCACGCAGUGUGGAGAUCGGGGAGAGCGUGCGCGGCGAGGACGUGUACAUCGUGCAGAGCGGCUGCGGCGAAAUCAACGACAACCUGAUGGAGCUGCUCAUCAUGAUAAACGCUUGUAAGAUCGCCUCCUCGUCCCGCGUCACUGCCGUCAUCCCCUGCUUCCCCUACGCCCGGCAGGACAAAAAGGACAAGAGUCGAGCACCCAUAUCAGCCAAGCUGGUGGCAAACAUGUUGUCUGUAGCCGGGGCCGACCACAUCAUCACCAUGGAUCUCCACGCGUCUCAGAUCCAGGGGUUUUUCGACAUCGCAGUAGACAACCUUUACGCAGAGCCCGCCGUGCUUCAGUGGAUACGAGAAAAUAUCCCCGAAUGGAAAAACUGCAUUAUCGUGUCUCCAGAUGCCGGCGGAGCAAAACGCGUGACGUCCAUCGCAGACCGUCUCAACGUGGACUUCGCGCUCAUCCACAAAGAGAGGAAGAAGGCCAACGAGGUGGACCGCAUGGUGCUGGUGGGUGACGUCAAGGACCGCGUGGCCAUCCUGGUGGACGACAUGGCCGACACCUGUGGCACCAUCUGCCACGCCGCCAACAAGCUGAUAGAUGCCGGCGCGGUAAAGGUCUACGCCAUCCUCACGCACGGCAUCUUCUCCGGUCCGGCCAUCACUCGCAUCAACAGCGCCCCGUUUGAGGCCGUGGUGGUGACCAACACCAUCCCACAGGAAGAGAAGAUGAAGGCAUGCCCCAAAAUACAGGUCAUCGACAUCUCCAUGAUCCUGGCGGAGGCGAUCAGGAGAACCCACAACGGCGAGUCUGUGUCCUACCUCUUCAGCCACGUACCCUUGUAAAGAAAGACAGAGAGAGGGCAUCCUCCAUCCCUCUCUCCUCUCCCUCUCUCCCCCUGCCACUUUUGCAAAACACCUGAUGGUCCUUGGCCAAACCCACAUGACUGAAAAGUCCCGCCUUCACAUUGUCUUUGACAUUCUCACCCAGGACACAGAGCGAAAUAUCAUUUCCUUUUCUGAAGACCAAGUUUCUAUUUAUCUCUCUUUAUUUUUUCCUGUUUAUUAUAUUUUUUCUCAUGUUUCAGUACCAUGAUCAGCCGAGGCCUGGCCUUCACCCUAACCAAAGGCUCCACUAUGUAGCCAUGUGUUUGUACCUCAUAUUGAACUCACUUGAAAUGAAGCAUUCCACGACGUCAUGUGAUUAGAAAUAUGUUGGCCCCUUUCUCCCUCACAAAGUUAUAAAAAUGGGUUUUAAAAAAAGCACCUUUCCCCCUCCGUGUCGCUUUAAGUAUUAAAACAAUGUAGCCUAACCCUUCACUAGCUAUAUGGAUUGUAAUAGCUCAUGCUUCAUCACUUUAAAGCUGCACCACAAGUGGAAAUGUGUUGAUCUGACCAAACCGGAGUACAAAAGAAAACACUUCAUUUUUUUCAAUUUACUGAGCCUCAUGAAUGUGCUGAUGCGUCUUACCUCUGCAGUGUAACUCCUCCCACAAAAAGCUGCUGUCACGCAGUGGUGGCUCAUCUCUAUGACAACCCUCUGCUUCUAUUAAUUGUGCUAAAAAAACACCCCGAUAAGAUUUAGAGACAACUUUCCAAACUCUUGACAGGUGUGUUGUUGUGAGACGAGGUGUAGGUGGGUGUUUCACUCAUGUUCCAAAAGGUCAUUAAAACUAAUUGAGCCCGACGCUUGUUAAAGUGUCAAGAUUUCAAUCGUCAUCGCGGCUGUAAUGGGUCACUUAACUCCAACGAGGCAGCUAUCACGGUUUGCCUCGAGGUGAAUAAAAGAAAAAGCGUGAUUUAAUUUUUUUUUUUUUUUAUAUAUGUAACACUUCAAGCUGUUUCUUUGACAAUAAAGCUUUGACAAUGGCUUACAGAUGCUCAUCUUCGCUUUCCUUAGCAGUUCAUUUGAAGGGACAUUACAUGCAUUUAGUAUUGUGUUUUUUUUAUUGUUAAAAAGAAAAUGCCGAGAUAUCCUCACUAUAAGUCUCUAGCAUCCCACAGCUCUCCCUCUCUGGUAAGUUGUAUUAGCAGUAAGUUGAAUAAAAUGAUAGUUUAACUCAUUUCAGUGUCCUUUAAGCUUUGAUUAAUCACAGUAAUGAGCUGUAAGUUCUGGAAAACAAUUUUUAUUUAUUUUUUAUUAAGUCUGAUGAAUUCCUGUUUUGGAUAUUACUGCACUUAAAGCCUAUUUUCACGACUACUUAACAAUAAUCGCACAACUAUUGUAUUUUUUACACAAGAAAAGCAUCUGAAUACUAAUGAACUGUCUGUAGCUCAAUCAGCGCCUCAAUAUUGAUGCACCAUAACUUAAUCUAAUAAUAAAAGACAAUAGAAACGUCAUCUUCUGAGACAGUAAUGGAGUGAUGCAUGAAGUGAGGAUGAAGCUCCAGCUGCCACCAGGGGGCGCUCCUUCUCCACUAAUGCACAGCCAGGGCAGCUGCAGGCAGAUGAAAGUUAAAAAGGAGAAAUAAUGUGCCGUUGAUAUGAAUAAGAGAGUCACUGUCACCGCAAAUGCGGUUGAAAUAAGAGUAGAUUUGAGGUGAAACAGCCGUAGUGGUGGUAAACUGAAGUGGCAUGCGUCAUAACAGAACGGUGGGGGUGGAUUGUGCAGCUUCAUGAAACCCAAUAAAUCUGUUUAUUUACAUUUCUUUCCUGAGGGAGAUGAGACGAGGCUCCUCUCAGGGUU